AUGAUCUCCCCUAAAGCUGUUGUGGAGAGAAUCAAGUCCGAGAUCAGGCUUAGAGUUUUUACUAUACACUCUCAUAGUGAGCUGGUUCAACCCUUCCUAGAAGGUGAGUUUCUUCUUCAUACUGAUGCAUUACAGAGUGGGAGAAGGGACCCUCAUGAGAGGGGGGUAUCGGGUUCUGCUAGGACGGCUAGCCAGGAAGAGGCUGCCAAACACAUUGAGGCCCAACGAUCGAGCGAUGUUGUUCGCCCAGUGGACUGGACUGUUGUCCGGGGGUCCGACGGGAGAUUCGCACGUGCCGACCCUAGUUCUUCAGGCGCAUCUGAGUGUGCCGGACGUAGUCUCGUUGAUAAUGAGCCGCCACGGGGGAGUAGGUGCUCACAGUCCGUUGGAACGGACUGGUUAGUCACAUCGCCCCAGCCCGGGGGGCCCAUAGAUACGCGCCUGAUACCCAGCUAUGGCGGGCACAUAGCUAAACUUAUUUUCUACGGCUUUAAGCGUAUGCCUCUGAUUCUAGAAUGUCGUAGUAGGAAGAAGUCGUUGGAGGCGAUCAUCAGACUGCGGGAUAUGAUCAAUGCGCUGUACGAUGUUCUACCUGCUACUCCCCUCGGCCGUCUACCGUACGUUAUGCACCAGCACAUUGAUUGUACUUUGAUAUCGGCCUUCGUGGAGAGGUGGCAGCCGGAUACGAACACCUUCCGCAUGCCAUGGGGGAGAUGA